GAAAGCUUUUCAUUUAUUCUCGGCAUUUAUGAUUAACGAGAAACCAGCUGGUGCACAGAGGGCUGGCAUCCGGGUGGAUACAACUCUGUACUCUGGUGCUUUUGCCCGGAUACCCACAUCCCUACAGGGGGGCUGUUUCAGACAGUUAUGGGAUUGUGGCGGCCGAUCGCGCGUCAUUUUCUCUAUUUCGCCGUCUCAGAGCGAACCCGAAAGUACGUGAAUUUUCUUGCCGACAAUUAGACAGCUUGGCCGAAGUGUCACAUGCACGGAAGCGGUCGAUUGUCGCGCCGGCUGUGGGAAUGGAACCGGUACGCGGCCGUAGACUGAGAUAACUAUUUUGCACUUGUGUGCGUGCACUCCGUGUAGUGGGGACGUAGCAUCGUUAGGAAGCAAAGCCAGCAGUGUAGCUCCAGGCGCGGAGAAGCAGGCGCCCAACGGAAGAGGAAGCGGCGGGCACCAUGACCUCCAAGCAGGCUGCGCCAGUGGAUGAAGACGCCACCAGUGGGACCCCGCAGUAUGGGUCGACGACCGGCGCCAGUGCAGGAGGAGCGUUGCGGCAAUCUACUGCGGUCAGUCCCUCGCUGGAACAGGUACUGCAGCAGCUUCAGCGCGAGCAGAAGCGGGACGGCCGCCGCGUGCUCGUCGGCUUCGUCGUCAUGGCGCUGGCCAUCGCCUUCGUCGUCCUGGUGGUGCUGGCGCGUGUGCUGCUGGACGAGGCGCCAGGGGGCCGCAGGCCUCCCGCUCGGCGCAGCCAAUCGGAGGCUAACCGUGGCCGACGCGCCAUGAUCGAGAACGACUCGGUCUUCGAGACGGUCGGCGAGGCCGACGCGCGCCUUCUAGGAGACCUGCUCGGUGGGAACCGCACUUAUCUGCGAUGAACCGUCGAGGGGGACUGACUUCUUAUUCAUGCACUUUGUUGUGUCUCUGUUUCUAUUUGAGCGAGUGAUUAAACGUCUAUAU